AUGAAAAUGAAUAACAGGAUAAUAAAAAAUAUAGUAUAAUAGGAUAAUAAUCAAAAACAAUAACAAGAUAAUAAUGAAAAAGAAUUACAGGAAAAAAAUGAAAACGAAUAACAGGAUAAGAAUAAUGAAAAUGAAUAACAGCAUAAUAAUGAAAAAGAAUAACCAAAUAAUUAUGAAUAACAAUAACAGGUUACUCAAACUGAUGUGAAAAACUUGGAUAGAAUUAAUUACUUUUUCAUUGAUGAUGAGAUUUGGAAUAAAAUGGACAAUUGCUUGAUCUUAAAAAAUAUCUCAUAUUUGAACACUACCUUUAACACUUCAAAAAUGAGUUUACAAAAUUUAGAAUUGAGAAAGACAGAAUGA